CUCUGACGUUGAGGGACAGUUUGUUCAUUUCACUGCUGAUUGUGGAUGUCGGUCCGAAGAAAAAUGUUUCUUUUUUGACACUCGGCUCUUUAUAUUAAGCAUGAGAACCCGACAAGUUGGAUAAAUAAAGAAUAUUUUUUAAACUACAGGAAGGAAGAGUUCCCAGUCCUUUUGAAGGAUGGAGACUCUGAUUCCCACUAUCAACCGGCUGCAGGAGGUCUUCCUGACCGUGGGGGCAGAAAUCAUACAGCUUCCUCAAAUAGUUGUGGUUGGAUCUCAGAGCAGUGGGAAAAGCUCAGUGUUGGAGAGCCUGGUUGGACGAGAUUUCUUGCCUCGAGGAUCAGGAAUAGUCACAAGACGUCCCCUUGUCUUGCAGCUGGUUAAUGUCCCUCCUCUGAAGGAAAGACUAAAAUCUGAGAAUGGAAAUGGGAUUAAGCAAAAUGCUCAAAACAGCUACCCAGGGAUUAAAGCUGAAGAGUGGGGUACUUUCUUGCACUCCAAGAAUCAGAUCUUUACAGAUUUUCAGGAAAUCCGUAAGGAGAUUGAAUCAGAGACAAACCGAGGCACGGGUGAUAAUAAGGGAAUCAGUCCUGAAGCCAUAAAUCUGAAGAUUUUUUCCCCCAAUGUUCUUAAUUUGACUCUGGUUGACUUACCAGGAAUCACCAAGGUUCCUGUUGGGGACCAACCUGAAGACAUUGAAGCUCAAGUCCAAGAAAUGAUCCUGUCCUUCAUCUCCAAUCCAAACUCCCUUAUUCUUGCAGUGUCCCCGGCUAACUCAGACUUGGCCACUUCCGAUGCGCUGAAACUGGCUCGUGAGGUUGAUCCAGAUGGUCGUCGGACACUGCUUGUUGUUAGCAAACUGGACCUGAUGGACGCUGGAACCGAUGCUCUAGAAGUCCUUCUGGGUCGAGUCAUUCCCAUCCGGCUUGGGAUUAUCGGGGUGGUAAACAGGAGCCAGCAUGACAUCAACACCCAGAAGAGCCUGCAGGACUCGAUGAAAGACGAACAGGCUUUCCUCCAGCGCCACUACCCCUCGCUCGCCUCGCGGGCCGGCUCACGCUAUCUGGCCAAAACUCUCAGCAGGCUGCUCAUGCACCACAUCCGGGACUGCCUGCCAGACCUCAAAACCAGGGUGACGGUGCUGAGUUCCCAGUACCAAGCACAGCUCAACAGCUACGGUCAGCCGGUGGAGGAUCACAGCGCCACUUUGCUGCAAAUUGUCACCAAGUUUGCCAGUGAUUAUUGCAACACCAUCGAGGGAACAGCCAGGCACAUCCAAACGUCCGAGCUCUGCGGUGGAGCUCGGAUCUGUUACAUAUUCCACGAGACUUUCGGCCGCACCCUGCAGUCCAUCGACCCACUGGGAGGACUGACCGAUCUGGAUAUCCUCACCGCCAUCCGCAACGCUACGGGUCCAAGACCUGCACUUUUUGUGCCCGAGGUGUCCUUCGAGUUGCUGGUAAAGAGGCAAAUUAAGCGUCUGGAGGAGCCCAGCCUGCGCUGCGUCGAGCUGGUUCAUGAAGAGCUGCAGAGGAUCAUCCAGCACUGCUCCUCCUUUAGCACUCAGGAGCUUCUACGAUUUCCCAAACUGCAUGAUUCCAUUGUGGAAGUUGUGACUGGAUUAUUGAGGAAGCGCUUGCCAAUCACGAAUGAGAUGGUGCACAAUUUAGUGGCCAUAGAGCUCGCUUAUAUCAACACAAAGCAUCCGGACUUUACAGAUGCAGCGCAGGUCUCGGCAUCCGUCAACAGUCAGCAGGCUGACGCCACUGAUGGAGGGAAGCGGUGGAAGAACGAGAAGGUUAGUGAGGAGAGAACUCCAGCCGUGGGGUUUGGCAGUCCGAGUAAAAGCCAAGCCAUUAACCUCCUUGACACGGCAAUGCCCGCAUCCCGCAAACUGAGCGCGAAGGAGCAGCGGGACUGCGAGGUCAUCCAGCGACUCAUCAAGUGCUACUUCCUGAUUGUUCGAAAAGGCAUCCAAGACAGCGUGCCCAAGACAGUGAUGCAUUUCCUGGUGAAUCAUGUGAAGGAGCAUCUGCAGAGCGAGCUGGUGGGUCAGCUCUAUAAGCAGCCGCUGCUGCAGGAGCUGCUCAUCGAGUCACAGGAAACCGCGCAGCAGCGCACCGAGGUCGCUCAGAUGCUCGAGGCGCUUAAAAAAGCUAAUACCAUCAUCUCAGAGAUUCGGGAGACGCAUCUGUGGUAGCCAGAAGAAAUUGGGUUGCUUGAUCAGCGGGUAGCUUUGAGUUUGAGUGUAUGUGAGUUUACUGUAGACAGAGUCUGUGGAGCAGGAACACCUAAAGCACAUUAAGAUCAGCUUUUUUUCCCCCAUUGGCUUUGUUGUUGAGCACACUGAGGCUGUGUUUAACUGUGAAUGUUAGGUACAGAGGACCAUUAUUUAUCCACUCAGGCCAAAAGUCUUCUUAUUUAAGUAAUACAUGUGGAAAAACAGCCAGGAACAAAAUCUGUUUUCUUUUGGAUUGUUUUUUUUUUCUUGCUUCAGGACAACGUGUUUGUUUUAAUUUAGAGGAUUCUGCUAUAAUUGUGAAGGUAUUGUAAAUGAUAUGUGAAUUAUUUAUGCUUCUAUUUUGUUAUCAAACGGUGUUAACCCUUUGCAGUUAUCAGAUGCUAAAGAAGUGUUAGAUCCAGAACUCUUAACUUUUUAUUUCAGCUUCAGUUUGUCCAUCACACUGUUCCUGCAGAUUAAAGUCCUUCUCAGAAAGCCAAAGAAAAUGGUGGAGUAACCAAACGGUUUCCACAACUGUAUGAAACAUAGAAUAAUGCAGCACUGCUGUCCCUCCUCCACCUGUAGCUGUGCACUGCCAUCAGCUGGCUGAAAGAAGGAUAUUAAACUUUUCCCUCAUUUACAAAAAAGACAAAUUCGGGUGGUUGGAAAUAUCUCUGGUUUUGCCAAAUGCAGGCCCUGAUGGUGUGUGAACUAAAACAGCUUCACCCAACAUUGUUACUAAUGUAACGCUGUUCUAAAGCUGCAGUAAGCAAUCCAUUAGCGACAGUAAGAUAUAAGACAAUAAAACCAAUUGGAUUGUGCUGCACAUUAUAACUUUUAUGUAAAAACUGUGAUGCCAUGAACCCAUAGUCAUAUUUUCAUGCCGGCCGUUUUCCCCUUUGCUCAGGAGAGCCGGUAGUAAAUUCAAAAACCAACACAACAUCGAUCGUAACACUGCAACGCAACAGUGAAGACACACUGCAGUCAAUUUCCUAAAAAUGAUUCUGUGAAUAGAUGUUGCUUUUUCAGCUCUGUAGCUCUGGUAAACAUCAACAUUUAAUGCUGAGUCACAUUUACAUAUCAGCUCAUUUGUAUUGUAGCAGCUUUUGUGUGUUGUCAUUAAGGAAAGCUUUCCCACCAUUCAUUUCCAUGUUUGGUUUAGAUAUAGAGAAGGAACAUCACUUAGUGCUGAUUACUGAAAUGUCUGUCAAAUGAUGGAAAUACAGAAGUAGAACUGUUUGACUUCAUAUCCAAAUAGUGACUUUGUUACAUUUUCCCAGAUCAACUCCUAAUUUCUUACCUGCACUCAUGUUCUGUGGAAAUGCCCUUAAAAUGAAUAACUCAGGACUCAGCUAUUUUCCUGUAUUUUUUUUCCUUUCACUGAUGUAAACAUGGACCCAACGUUACCCAGAUCCGCCUCCAUUCUGACCUUUUCUCUAAAUAUUUUAGAAGAUGUUUCAUCUGUUGCUUGUUCUCAAGUUUCAUAGUAGUGUGCAAUCCUCCUUAAGUUUAGAUUUCUUAAAAAAUGAGCAGGGCUCCUACUCGGUCUGGGAAAACAUUCCUUAUAAUUUUUCAAUCCAUUCAUCCUAAAUGCGAUGGGUACUACUGGGAAUAUGAGUUUUUAUGUAACCAUCAGACAGUAGCGCCAUAGUCCUGUCCUAAAGUCACACCUUAUGAAACCCCCCCGUUUACCUCCGCAUGUAUGUGCUCAGUGUGCAUGUGCAGACGUGUGAAUGAACGUGCGUUUUGUAUUAUUUAAAUGUAUAUUGUAUCGGCUGCUGCCUCCGAGUUCAUGCCUGCCAAUAUUUGUGAUACGUGUCUGUUGAAAUGAAGUCCAAAAGGCUCAUUAAACUUUAAACAAUGGA